AUGAAGACUGCCCAGGAUCGUCAGAAGAGUUAUGCGGACAUGAGGCAUCAGGACUUGGAGUUUUUAGUUGGAGACCACGUAUUUCUUCGUGUCAUGCCUAUGAAGGGUAUUCGACGUUUUGGGGUUUCGGCCAAGCUUAGUCCACGCUAUGUGAGUCCAUUUGAGAUUCUGGAGCGAGUUUGGCUGUUGGCAUAUCGCCUAGCCUUGCCACCGCAGCUGGCUCUUGUGCACGACGUUUUUCAUGUCUCCAUGCUACGCAAGUAUAUCGUGGAUCCUAGUCAAGUUAUAGACUAUCAUCCCCUCCAAGUGGAAGAAAAUGCCUCAUAUGUAGAGUUACAUGUAUGCAUUGUGGACAGAAAGGAGAAAGUGCUUAGAAGUCGCUCUAUUCCCUAUGUGAAAAUCCAAUGGCAGCGGCACGACUCUGAAGAAGCUACAUGGGAAUUAGAGGAAGAGAUGCGACGUGAUCAUCCACAACUAUUCGAGUAA